GUUUGAUGAUGAAUACAACCUCCGAACGAAUGGAACAUCGAUGGGCUCCACAUUCGCUCCAAGCUAUGCUAACCUUUAUGUGGGUUAUUUUGAAGAAAGUUUAGUUAACAAUGAAAUUGAAAAUAUAUUUUUGAAUAAAAUCCUGAAGUGGUAUCGAUAUAUUGACAACAUUUGUUGCAUUAUGGGGAGUAACAGGAGACGAGCUGUCAGACUUUAUGGCAUCACUCAAUGACAUUGACCGCAAUCUCAAAUUCACUAUUGAAUGUGUUUAUUACCUCGAUAUGUGGAUUGUGAAAUCAAACGGAACCCUGUUUACAACUUUGUACAGAAAAGAAAUGGACAGAAAUACUAUAUUACAAGGGGACAGCAUCCACCCUGAACCAUUAAAAAGAGGACUUCCAAGAAUAACAGUUUUUCAGAUUGCGCCGUGUAUGCCACUCCACAGAGGACUAUCUAGAAAAAGCAGCGGAGAUGCGCAAUAUGUUUCUAAGAAGAGGCUACUCUCCACAAUGUGUGGAUGAAGCUUUUGAUUUUGGCAUUAGGGAAAACUGCUACAAAAAAGUCCCACUGGAGCUAAAGAUCACCACCACAUAUACUUUGAACUUGCAUAAAGUGGGAGAUGCUGUCAAGAAAACACUGGCAUGACUCCUGAGUGGUGCAGUGGUCUAAGGCACUGCAUCGCAGUGCUAACUGUGCCACUAGAGAUCCUGGUUCAAAACCAGGCUUUGUCGCAGCCGGCCGCGACCGGGAGAUUCACGGGCGGUGCAAUUAUUUUUUUUUUAUUUCACCUUUAUUUAACCAGGUAAGCCAGUUGAGAACAGGUUCUCAUUUACAACUGCGACCUGGCCAAGAUAAAGCAAAGUAGUGCAAUAAAAACAACACAGAGUUACAUAUGGGGUAAAAAACAUAAAGUCAGAAAUACAACAGAAAAUAUAUAUAAAGUGUGUGCAAAUGUAGCAAGUUAUGGAGGUAAGGCAAUAAAUAGGCUAUAGUGCAGAAUAAUUACAAUAGUAUUAACACUGGAAUGCUAGAUGUGCAAGAGAUUAUGUGCAAAUAGAGAUACUGGGGUGCAAAAGAGCAAAAUAAAUAACAAUAUAGGGAUGAGGUAGUUGGGUGGGCUAAUUUCAGAUGGGCUGUGUACAGGUGCAGUGAUCGGUAAGGUGCUCUGACAACUGAUACUUAAAGUUAUUGAGGGAGAUAAGAGUCUCCAGCUUCAGUGAUUUUUGCAAUUAGUUCCAGUCAUUGGCAGCAGAGAACUGGAAGGAAUGGCGGCCAAAGGAGGUGUUGGCUUUGGGAAUGACCAGUGAGAUAUACCUGCUGGAGCGCAGACUACGGGUGGGUGCUGCUAUGGUGACCAAUUGGCCCAGGGUAGGGGAGGGAAUGGCCGGCAGGGAUGUAGCUCAGUUGACAGAGCAUGGCGUUUGCAACGCCAGGGUUGUGGGUUCGAUUCCCACGGGGGGCUAGUAUAAAUUGUUUUAUAUAUUCACUAACUGUAAGUCGCUCUGGAUAAGAGUGUCUGCUAAAUGACUAAAAUGUAAAUGUAUCAUCGGACCCAGCUUUGCCAGCUGUAUUUAAGAACCCGCCACUUACUGUAUAUAGGAGAGGUUGCAAUAUCCGCGACAAAUCGGUCCCUGCCAACUGCCAGCCACAAAAAAUUUAAUCAGCCAGGCUCUUCUACACGCUCUUCCGAAUGGUAGCUAUAAAUACAGAGGUUGCGCUGUGCCCAAUUUUUCACCCCCUCGGGCUCAUGAGGUGGGGUAGACAUUCGUGGGCUCAGCCUUGUCCCAAAGUGUCCCCCGACCCCCCCCCCUGUCUCUGUGGGCUGUACUCAACCUUGUCCCAAAGUGUCCCCCGACCCCCCCAUGUCUCUGUCUCCCGCAUCUAUGCUGCAAUAGUCUAUGUGCCGGGGGGCUAGGGUCAGUCUGUCCUGUGUAAUUCUCCUGUUUUAUCUGGUGUCCUGUGUGAAUGUAAGUAUAUUCUCUCUCUCUCUCUCUCUCUCUCUCUCUCUCUCUCUCUCUCUCUCUCUCUCUCUCUCUCAAUUCAAAGGGCUUUAUUGACAUGGGAAACAUAUGUUAACAUUGCCAAAGCAAGUGAAAUAGAUAAUAAACAACAGUGAAAUAUAAAGUGAACAGUAAACAUUACGCUCACAAGAGUUCCAUAAGAAUAGAGACAUUUCAAAUGUCAUAUUAUGGCUAUAUACAGUGUUGUAACGAUGUGCAAAUAGUUUAAGUACAAAAAGGAAAAAUUAUUUGUGGAUCUGUUAUAAUCUGAGGGAAAUAGCCUGUCUGCCUAAGGAGGUCUCUCUCAAUAGCAAGGCUAUGCUCACUGAGUCUGUACGUAGUCAAAGCUUUCCUUCAUUUUGGGUCAGUCACUGUUGUUAGUGACAGUUGCCAAGAUCUAGUCCAUCGCCCUCUGGAACAGCACUGGCGCACUUGUGAUUCCAAACGGUAGGCAUUUUACAUUUUAGUAAUUUAGCAGACGCUCUUAUCCAGAGCGACUUACAGGAGCAAUUAGGGUUAAGUGCCUUGCUCAAGGGCAAAUCGACAGAUUUUUCACCUAGUUGGCUCUGGGAUUAGAACCAGCGACCUUUCGGUUACUGGCACAACGCUCUUAACCACUAAGUACCUGAAGAGCCCCUUGUGUGUUACAAUGGUCAGCAGCUCCUUUGACAUUUCAUCCAUGUGUAUCUGCAAGUAGGCUUGGCAGAGGUCUAUUUUGCUGAACUUUUGACUCCCAGCUAAACCUGCGAAAAGGUUGUUGAUGUGUGGUAGUGAAUACUCCUCAGCGGACAACACAGGGUUAACUUUAAAGUCUCCACAUAUCCUGAUUUCACCAUCCUUAUUAAGGACUGGUACGAUGGGUGUAGCCCAUUCAUUCAUGCUGACCGGCUCCGGCACUUUGUUUUUGACUGGACUCACCAAGUCAGCCUCGACUUUUGGUCUGAUAGCAUAAGGUACGGGUUGUGCUUUUAGAAACGUUGGUUUGCUGUCUGGCUUAAUGCUAAGCUUCACUGUAAUGUAUUUCAUGCUACCCAGCUCUCCAUGAAAGACUUCUCCACGUCUCUCCAUAUGCACCGGUGACCCUCUAGCAACGUAGAGACAUAAUAGCCGUGCGGGCCCCCAGAAACAGUCAGUAUAUUCUGUGUGACUUCCUGGUCUGAUGAGUCACUCACCUCAGUGCUCUCCUGCUCAACAGUUUGACUUCCUGGUCUGCUGAGUCACUCACCUCAGUGCUCUCCUGCUCAACAGUUUGACUUCCUGGUCUGAUGAGUCACUCACCUCAGUGCUCUCCUGCUCAACAGUUUGACUUCCUGGUCUGAUGAGUCACUCACCUCAGUGUUCUCCUGCUCAACAGUUUGACUUCCUGGUCUGAUGAGUCACUCACCUCAGUGUUCUCCUGCUCAACAGUGUGACUUCCUGGUCUGACGAGUCACUCACCUCAGUGUUCUCCUGCUCAACAGUGUGACUUCCUGGUCUGAUGAGUCACUCACCUCAGUGUUCUCCUGCUAAACAGUGUGACUUCCUGGUCUGUUGAGUCACUCACCUCAGUGUUCUCCUCCUCAACAGUGUGACUUCCUGGUCUGUUGAGUCACUCACCUCAGUGUUCUCCUGCUAAACAGUGUGACUUCCUGGUCUGAUGAGUCACUCACCUCAGUGUUCUCCUGCUAAACAGUGUGACUUCCUGGUCUGUUGAGUCACUCACCUCAGUGUUCUCCUGCUAAACAGUGUGACUUCCUGGUCUGAUGAGUCACUCACCUCAGUGUUCUCCUGCUAAACAGUGUGACUUCCUGAUCUGAUGAGUCACUCACCUCAGUGUUCUCCUGCUAAACAGUGUGACUUCCUGGUCUGAUGAGUCACUCACCUCAGUGUUCUCCUGCUAAACAGUGUGACUUCCUGGUCUGAUGAGUCACUCACCUCAGUGUUCUCCUGCUAAACAGUGUGACUUCCUGGUCUGAUGAGUCACUCACCUCAGUGUUCUCCUGCUAAACAGUGUGACUUCCUGGUCUGUUGAGUCACUCACCUCAGUGUUCUCCUGCUAAACAGUGUGACUUCCUGGUCUGUUGAGUCACUCACCUCAGUGUUCUCCUCCUCAACAGUGUGACUUCCUGGUCUGUUGAGUCACUCACCUCAGUGUUCUCCUGCUAAACAGUGUGACUUCCUGAUCUGAUGAGUCACUCACCUCAGUGUUCUCCUGCUAAACAGUGUGACUUCCUGGUCUGUUGAGUCACUCACCUCAGUGUUCUCCUGCUAAACAGUGUGACUUCCUGGUCUGUUGAGUCACUCACCUCAGUGUUCUCCUGCUAAACAGUGUGACUUCCUGGUCUGUUGAGUCACUCACCUCAGUGUUCUCCUCCUCAACAGUGUGACUUCCUGGUCUGUUGAGUCACUCACCUCAGUGUUCUCCUGCUAAACAGUGUGACUUCCUGGUCUGAUGAGUCACUCACCUCAGUGUUCUCCUGCUAAACAGUGUGACUUCCUGAUCUGUUGAGUCACUCACCUCAGUGUUCUCCUGCUAAACAGUGUGACUUCCUGGUCUGAUGAGUCACUCACCUCAGUGUUCUCCUGCUAAACAGUGUGACUUCCUGAUCUGAUGAGUCACUCACCUCAGUGUUCUCCUGCUAAACAGUGUGACUUCCUGGUCUGUUGAGUCACUCACCUCAGUGUUCUCCUGCUAAACCGUAUGACUUCCUGGUCUGAUGAGUCACUCACCUCAGUGUUCUCCUGCUAAACAGUGUGACUUCCUGGUCUGUUGAGUCACUCACCUCAGUGUUCUCCUGCUAAACAGUGUGACUUCCUGGUCUGAUGAGUCACUCACCUCAGUGUUCUCCUGCUAAACAGUGUGACUUCCUGGUCUGAUGAGUCACUCACCUCAGUGUUCUCCUGCUAAACAGUGUGACUUCCUGGUCUGUUGAGUCACUCACCUCAGUGUUCUCCUGCUAAACAGUGUGACUUCCUGGUCUGAUGAGUCACUCACCUCAGUGUUCUCCUGCUAAACAGUGUGACUUCCUGGUCUGUAUGAGUCACUCACCUCAGUGUUCUCCUGCUAAACCGUAUGACUUCCUGGUCUGAUGAGUCACUCACCUCAGUGUUCUCCUGCUAAACAGUGUGACUUCCUGGUCUGUUGAGUCACUCACCUCAGUGUUCUCCUGCUAAACAGUGUGACUUCCUGGUCUGAUGAGUCACUCACCUCAGUGUUCUCCUGCUAAACAGUGUGACUUCCUGGUCUGUUGAGUCACUCACCUCAGUGUUCUCCUGCUAAACAGUGUGACUUCCUGGUCUGAUGAGUCACUCACCUCAGUGUUCUCCUGCUAAACAGUGUGACUUCCUGGUCUGUUGAGUCACUCACCUCAGUGUUCUCCUGCUAAUCAGUGUGACUUCCUGGUCUGUUGAGUCACUCACCUCAGUGUUCUCCUGCUAAACCGUAUGACUUCCUGGUCUGUUGAGUCACUCACCUCAGUGUUCUCCUGCUAAACAGUGUGACUUCCUGGUCUGAUGAGUCACUCACCUCAGUGUUCUCCUGCUAAACAGUGUGACUUCCUGGUCUGAUGAGUCACUCACCUCAGUGUUCUCCUGCUAAACAGUGUGACUUCCUGGUCUGUUGAGUCACUCACCUCAGUGUUCUCCUGCUAAAUAGUGUGACUUCCUGGUCUGAUGAGUCACUCACCUCAGUGUUCUCCUGCUAAACAGUGUGACUUCCUGGUCUGAUGAGUCACUCACCUCAGUGUUCUCCUGCUAAACAGUUUGAACAUCUAUUUUUCCUUCGUUGAAAUGUCUCUUCCUUGUUUUCAGUCUUUGACGAUUUCUCUGAGCUCUUUCUGUUUCUGCAGGCUCGUUCGAUGUGUCCCUUUUUACCACAGGUUGGGAAAUCCAUGUCCUUACACCAGCAUGUAGACGUCUGAUGUCCCGGAAGCAUGUGCCUUGAUUUCACUGUCUCUGAUUUUCAGUUGCAAUUCUGUGCACUUUUCCUGAUGAAUCCAACUGCUGAGCCUCUUUAGCAGCUAGUUCCAUGGAAACACUGACUUCAAUGGCCCCUUGCCAAGGUCAGAUUACUUUCAGUCAAAAGUCUCUUUUAUGUAGCUUCACUCCGUAGAACCACGUACUAAUCUGUCUCUCAUGGUGUCGUUUAUAACAUCAUUAAAGUCACCGUACUCUGAUAGUUUAUUGAAUGCAGCAGCAAGCAUUUUCAGUGAUUCUCCCUAUUCCCGACUUCUUCUGUGGAACCUACAGUAAACUUUUCAGCAAUAACUAGUGGGUUUGGUGUAAAGAGUCCUUUCAGUAUUUCCACAAUAUCCCAAUAUGUCUUAUUACCUGGCCUGCCUGGCGGUAGUAGACUGCAUAGUCAAUUAAUUGUCUUUGGCCCAAUUACACAAAGAAAUGUAAGCACUAUUUUGUCCUAAUCAAUGUCAUUUGCAAGAACAAUAUAUUCACACCGUUUUAUAUGCGAGCUCCUGUCACGACUUCCACCGAGGCUGCCUCCCCUCCUUGUUCGGGCAGGCUUCGGCGUUAGUCGUCACCGGCUUACUAACCACUGCCGCUCCCAUUAUCAUCACUCCACUUGUCUUGUCUUGUUAAUCACACACACCUGGUUCUCAUCCCCUCAUUAGUCUGUGUAUAUGUGUUCCUUGUGAGAGUAAAGUAGCUCGGAGAGGACCUGAUCCGUCGAGACCAGUUGGUUAAUCGGAUCCAGCCACCUACACCCCAACACCCGGAGGGUUCCAGAUAUCCCGACCACAGGACUUCGAUGGGACGGCGGCGCUCUGCCAUGGAUUUAUCCUUCAACUGGAGCUCCACUUCUCCACCAUCCGACCGGCCCCAUCGGAACGAGAGAAGGUGUCCGUCCUCGUUUCCUGCCUCACGGGGAACGCCCUGGAAUGGGCAAGUGAACUCCCUGUAGUUCUCCAACGCGGCUCCUCCUUCGUUCCACACCGCGUUGGAGAACUACAGGGAGUUCACUUGCCUAUUUCGGGUGGUCUUCGAUCACCCACCCGAGGGUCGAGAGGCGGGUGAGCGGCUGGUCCACCUGAGGCAGGGGACGAGGACCGCGCAGGACUUCACCCUGGAGUUUCGAACUCUGGCAGCGGGGUCCGGGUGGAACGAGCGGGCCCUGAUUGACCAUUUCCGGUGCCAUCUGCGGGAGGAUGUCCGGCGCAGCUGGGAACUUUAUGGACAGGGCAUUCUCACACCGUCAAGGCAUUUCAUUGGUUCCCCUAUCCAUUCCACUCCCCAUUAGAGCACGUGAUAGUCGACCAUUAGGGUCCGGGUUGGCAAAGGAGGUUAAUGUACCAGUCACCAUGAUCACCCAGGAGACUCAUUGGGAGCAGAUCACUUUUUCGAUUAUUGAGUCUCCUGCUCACCCUGUAGUAUUAGGUAUCCCGUGGCUAGCCCUUCACAACCCCACUUUCUCAUGGCCGCAGAGGGCUCUCACGGGGUGGUCGCGAGAGUGUCAGGGUAGGUGUCUAUGUGUUUCCGUUGGUGCAACCAUGGUGGAAAGUCCAGACACUACCUCCACCGUGCGCAUUCCCCCCCCGAAUACCAUGAUCUGGCGCUCGCGUUUUCAAAGACGCAGGCGACUAAAUUACCACCUCAUCGGGCGGGGGAUUGCGCGAUAAACCUUCGGAUAGACGCUGUGCCUCCCAGGAGUCAUGUGUAUCCCCUGUCGCAGGCUGAAACGGAGGCGAUGGAAACAUACGUCUCCGAGUCCCUGGGCCAGGGGUAUAUACGUCCCUCCAUUUCACCCGCCUCCUCGAGUUUCUUCUUUGUGAAGAAGAAAGACGACAGUCUGCGCCCGUGCAUUGAUUAUCGAUCACUGAACAAGGAGACGAUAAUAUUUAGUUAUCCUCUCCCCCUCAUUCCAUCAGUGAUUAAGUCAAUGCAUGGGGCGCGCUUCUUCACCAAAUUAGAUCUCAGGAGGGCCUACAACCUGGUGCGUGUUCAGGAGGGGGAUGAGUGGAAGACAGCAUUCAGCACAACCUCGGGGCAUUAUGAAUACCUAGUGAUGCUCUACGGUUUGAUGAAUGCAUCAUCCGUCUUCCAGUCCUUUGUGAACAAGGUGUUUCGGGACAUGCUUGGUCGCGGUGUUGUGGUCUACAUCGAUGACAUCCCGGUGUAUUCCGCUACGUGCGCCGAGCAUGUAUCCCUGGUUCGCAAAGUACUGGUCCGACUGUUGGAAAAUGACCUUUAUGCCAAGGCAGAAAAGUUUAUGUUUUUCCAGCAGUCCGUCUCCUUCCUCGGAUAUGGCAUUACCACCUCAGGUGUGGAGAUGAAGAGUGACCGCAUUUCAGCCGUGCGUAAUUGGCCGACUCCAACCACGGUAAAGGAGGUGCAGCGCUUCCUUGGCUUCGCCAACUACUAUCGGAGGUUUAUCCGGGGCUUUGGCAAGGUCACAGCUCCCAUUACAUCUCUGUUGAAGGGUGGGCCGUCCCUGCUCCACUGGUCUGCUGAGGCUGACAGGGCCUUCAGUAACCUGAGGGAACUGUUCACCUCGGCCCCGGUACUGGCCCACCCGGAUCCAUCACUACCAUUCGUAGUGGAGGUGGAUACGUCCGAGGUAGGGAUGGGCGCUGUCCUGUCUCAACGCUCGGGCAUGCCAACCAAACUCCGCCCCUGUUCCUUCUUCUCUAAGAAGCUCAGCCCGGCGGAGCAGAACUACGGCGUUGGUGAUCGGGAGCUGUUGGCUGUUGUCCGAGCUUUGACCGUGUGGAGGCAUUUGCUCGAAGGGGCGAAACACCCUUUCCUUGUCUGGACGGACCACCGUAAUCUGGAGUACAUCUGGGCAGCAGGAGGCUGAAUCCUCGCCAGGACAGGUGGGCCCUAUUCUUCACCCGGUUUGAUUUCACUCUAUCAUACAUUCCAGGUACGAAGAACGUGAAGGCAGACGCACUGCUCCGGCUGUAUGACACAGAGGAGAGGCCCAGAGACAACACCCCCAUACUCCCGGCCUCCUGCAUUGUGGCGCCGGUAGUAUGGGCGAUGGACGCUGAUAUAGAGCAGGCAUUACGCACAGAUCCAUCUCCACCUCAGUGUCCAGCUGGGCUGCAGUACGUGCCUGCUCUUAUCCGUGAUCGUCUGAUCUACUGGGCACACACGUCACCAUCCUCUGGUCACCCAGGUAUCAGUCGUACAGUGCGCUGCCUGACCGGAAAAUACUGGUGGCCUACCUUGGCUAAGGACGUGAGGGUGUAUGUCUCCUCCUGCUCGGUGCGUGCCCAGAGUAAGGCAGCUCCCAGCGGGUAAGUUACUGUCACGACUUCCACCGAGACUGCCUCCCCUCCUUGUUCGGGCAGGCUUCGGCGUUCGUCGUCACCGGCUUACUAACUACUGCCGCUCCCAUUAUCAUCACUCCACUUGUCUUGUCUUGUUAAUCACACACACCUGGUUCUCAUCCCCUCGUUAGUCUGUGUAUAAGUGUUCCCUCUGCUCCCUUGUCUGUGUGGGUGAUUGUUCCAUGUGAGAGUAGAGUAGCUCGGUUGAGCUACUCUCUUAUUGUAUUGCCGGGGGUAGAUUUAUUUUCCCCUAUGCUUGUAUAUCGUUUGAAGUAUUUCCGUACUGUGAUUGCUAGGGUAGAGAGUUUCCCCUGUGCCUGUGUUUGUGUGUCGCUAUCCAGCGCAACUGUGACGGAAAGGAAUAAACUCUGUAUUCAGUGAUGUACCCUCCUGCUCCUGACUCCUUCUAUCACACUCACCACAGCUCCACUGCUCAAUACUUUCAUCAAACUGUCCAAUGUUUCUAACUGUACCUGCCAUUUUUCAUGACCACGUCUGUAUAACAAUUCAAUAACGAUGAGAUUGGAGAGACAGGAAAUAGUUCAAACAUUUACUUAGAACGUGAUAACACACACAACUCCCAUGAAGAAACCUCCUCCUCCUCUUCCCCUCCUCCUCAUCCUCCCCUCCUCCUCCUCCUCCUCCUCCUCCUCCUCCUCCCUUCCUCCUCAUCCUCUCCUCCUCCUCAUCCUUCCUCCCUCCUACUACAGGGUAGCGAGGGCUAUGCUGGUGAAUAUUUAUAGGGGGACAAGAAGAGAGAGUAAAUCCUUUUCCCUCAUCCUUGCUCCCCCCUACAGGGUAGUGAGGGCUACGAUAGUGACCUGAGUUCCUCCCUCCCUCCAUCCUCCCUCUCUCAGCCUGUGUGUAUUUACAGGGGAACCUGAGCCAUCCUGCCUGGGCAGGCCAACAGAUAUAUCAGCAGGAACAAAACUUGACAUGGAAGCAGCACAUCUUGCACCGACCCCCCCCAGGCUAUACACUAAACCUCAGAGAAACAGAGACAAUAUCAGGGAGGACCAGGGACAACACUAAACCUUCAGAGACACAGAGAACAAUAUCUAAGGAGGACCAGGGACAACACUAACCGCAGAGACACAGAGACAAUAGCAGGGAGGACCAGGACAACACUAAACCUAGAGACACAGAGACAAUAUCAUGGAGGACCAGGGACACACACUAAACCUCAGAGACACAGAUUACAAUAUCAUGGAGGACGCAGGACAAAAACACUAAACUCAGAGACCAGAGACAAUAAUCAGGGAGGACCAGGGCAACACAACCUCAGAGACCAGAGACAAUAUCAGGGAAGGACCAGGGACAACACUAACCCAGAGACAAAGAGACAAUAUCAGGGAGGACCAGGGCAAUACUAAACCUCAGAGCCACAGAGCGAGACCAAUAAUCACAUGGAGGACCAGGGACAACACUAAACCUCAGAGACCAGAGACAUAUCAGGAGUCGACCAGGGACACUAAACCUCAGAGACACAGAGACAUAUCAUGGAGGACCAGGGACAACACUAACUCAGGAACACAGAGACAAUAUCAGGGAGGACCAGGGCAAACACUAAACCUCAGAGACACAGAGCAAUUCAGGGAGUACCAGGACAACACUAAACCUCAGAGACAACAGACAAUAUCAGGGAGGACCAGGAACAACACUAAACCUCAGAUACACAGAGACAAUACAAGGAGGACCAGGGACAAACACUAAACCCUCAGAGACACAGAACAAUAUCAGGGAGGACCCAGGACAAACUAACCUCAGAGACACAGAGACAAUACAAGGGAGGACCAGGGACAACACUAAAACCAUCAGCAGAACCAGAGACAAUAUCAGGGAGGACCAGGGGCCCAACACUAAACCUCAGAUACACGAGACAUAGAAAGACCACAACCUAAACCUCAGAGACAAGGACAUCAGGGAGGACCAGGGACAACACUAAACUCAGAGACACUUUUCCAAUAUCCUGUGGAUAGGAAAGUGCUCUAACCCGCCCCCCCCCCAACAAGGUAAAGUGGUUAGCCCAAUGCAUAGGGUGACGCAACAAUUGUGAGGUCGCUCUGGCUAAGAGCGUGCUAAAUGAGUUAAUGUCCCUUGGCAGGGCACUUAACCCUAAUUCUCAGAGCGCUCUGAUAGAGGUCUGCUAAUGACUAAAUAUGAAGUAAUGAAAUAUCAGGGAGGACCAGGGACAACACUAAACCUCAGAGACACAGAGACAAUAUCAGGGAGGACCAGGGACAACACUAAACCUCAGAGACACAGAGACAAUAUCAGGGAGGACCAGGGACAACACUAAACCUCAGAGACACAGAGACAAUAUCAGGGAGACCAGGGACAACACUAAACCUCAGAGACAGAGACAAUAUCAGGGAGGACCAGGGACAACACUAAACCUCAGAGACACAGAGACAAUAUCAGGGAGGACCAGGGACAGUCCUAAACCUCAGAGACACAGAGACAAUAUCAGGGAGGACCAGGGACAACACUAAACCUCAGAGACACAGAGACAAUAUCAGGGAGGACCAGGGACAACACUAAACCUUAGAGACACAAGGACAAUAUCAGGGAGACCAGGGACAACACUAAACCUCAGAGACACAGAGACAAUAUCAGGGAGGACCAGGACAACACUAAACCUCAGAGACACAGAGACAAUAUCAGGGAGCACCAGGGACAACACUAAACCUCAGAGACACAGAGACAAUAUCAGGGAGGACCAGGGACACACUAAAACCUCAGAGACACAGAGACAAUAUCAGGGAGGACUCAGGGACAACACUAAAACUCAGAGACAAAGAGACAAUAUCAGGGACACUAGGACAACACUAACCUCAGGAGACACAGAGAAACAAUAUCAGGGAGGACCAGGGACAACCUAACCUCAAGAGACACAGAGACAAUACAGGGAGGACCAGGGACAACACUAAACCUCAGAGACCCGAGACAUUCAGGGAGGGACCAGGGACAACACUAACCUCGAACAACACAAUCAGACAAUAUCAGGGAGGACCAGGGACAACCUAAAAACCUCAAUAUCAAACAGAGACAAUAUCAGGAGGACCAGGGACAACACUAACCUCAGAGCCCCAUAACCAUAUCAGGAGGACCAGGGAACAGUCCUAAAACCUCAGAGCCAACAGAGACAAUAUCAGGGAGGACCAGGGACAACACUAACCUCAGAGACACGAGACAAUAUCAGGAGUACCAGGGACAACACUAAACCCAGAGACACAGAGACAAUAUCAGGGAGGACCAUGACAACACUAAACCUCAGAGACACAGAGACAAUAUCAGGAGGACCAGGGACAACACUAAACCUCAGAGACACAGAGAACAAUAUCAGUGAGGAACCAGGACAACACUAAACCUCAGAUACAGAGACAAUAUAAGGGAGGACAGGGACAACACUACCCUCAUGACACAGAGACAAAUCAGGGAGGCCAGGACAACACUAAACCUCACGAGCCAAACACAGAACAAUACAUGGGGAGAACCACCAGGACACACGAAACUCAGAAACACAGAAGACAAUAUUCGUGAGGACCAGGGACAACACUAAACCUCAAGACACCAGAACAAUAUCAUGGAGGACCAGGACAACACUAACCUCAGAGACACGGACAUAUCAGGGAGGGACCAGGGCACAACACUAAAAAACCUCAAGACACAGAGACAAUACAGGGAGGACCAGGGAAACACUAACCUCAAGCACCAGAGACAAUUCAGGGAGGGACCAGGAAAACACUAAACCUCAGAGACCCAGAGACCAUAUCAGUGAGGGACCAAGGGCCACACUAAACCUCAGAGACAAAGAGACAAUAUCAGGGAGCACUAGGGACAUUACACUAAACCUCAGAGACACAGAGACAAUAUCAUGGAGGACCAGGGACAACACUAACCUCAAGACACAGAGACAAUAUCAGGGGAGGACCAGGGACAACACUAAACGUCAGAAACACAUAUACAUAUCAGGGGAGGGACAGGGACAACACCUAACCUCAGCAGACACACAGACAUAUCAGGGAGGCCAGGGACAACACUAAAACCUCAGAUACACAGAGACAAUAUCAGCAGGACAGGGCAACAUAACUCAGAGUACACAUAUACAAUCAGGGAGGACUCAGGGACAGUCCUAAACCUCAGAACACAGAGACAAUAUCAGGAGGACCAGGGACAACACUAAACUCAGAGACACCGAGACAAAUCAGGGCUGACAGGGACAACACUAAACCUCAGAGCACAGAGACAAUAUCAGGGAGGGACCAGGGACAACCUAACCUCAGAGACACAGAGAACAAUAUCGAGGGAGGACCAAGGGACAACACUAAACUCAGAGACACAGAGACAAUAUCAGGUAGGACCAGGGACAAACACAAACCUCAGAGACAGAGACAAUAUAAGGGGGACCAGACAACACUAACCCUCAGAGACACAGAGACAAAUCAGGGAGACCAGGGGACAACACUAACCUCAGAGACACCAGACCAUAUCAGGGAGCACCGGGACAAACAC